AGGUCAAGUGUCUCAACCCUGCAUUUGCAUCCAUCUGUACUAUGGCUACGUACCUCUACUCCGCCUUCUAUUAGGUUGGAGCUUAUCAACUCUUUGUUCUUAUCAGUUCUGGCUGACCUUCUCAGCCGUCUCAUCCCCCAUCUUCCACAUUCACUCUUUGAAUAACAUCAACAACCACUGAAGUUUGGCCGUCGGUAAUCGGCCAUCUCUUCAACAUGGCGUCUAGAAGCCUCAUCCCAUUUCUCGUAGCCAUGAUGCUGCUCACAGGUGUUUGCAACACCUUGUUGACCAAGUAUCAGGACAACCAAUGUGUUCGAAACUGUGGUCCCGAUGACAAUCCAAGGAAGCGCGCUUUCUUCAACCAGCCGGUUCUCCAAACCGCCCAGAUGUUUAUCGGCGAGAUGGGCUGCUGGCUGGUUGUUGGCCUCAUGGCUCUCUGGCGACGGUUCAAGGGUUCUGCACCAGAAGACCGAGGCUAUCAAGCUGUUGAUACCGAGGAAAAUGGCGAUGCUGAAGCUGCGCCCCAAGCCGACGAUCGCACUAAGCUCCUUCACACUGGCCCAUCCAUCUUGAGGGGAUACCGAGUUGCCUUGCUUGCUCUGCCCGCUAUUUGCGACAUCUGCGGUACCACGCUCAUGAACGCUGGACUUCUCAUGGUUGCUGCAUCCAUCUACCAGAUGACACGAGGUGCUCUCGUCUUGUUCGUCGGUCUCUUCAGCGUCGUCUUCCUUAAGCGACACUUGCACCUCUUCCAGUGGCUAUCCCUCGUCGGUGUUGUUCUGGGUGUCGCAGUCGUUGGUUUGGCGGGAGCUAUUUGGCCAGAUGAGAAGCCUGAGAACUCCAUUGGGCAGCCCGAGGAGGACUCAGCUACUGACGGAGGUCUUUCAGACGCUGCCAGAGCCAUUGUGGGUGUUUUGCUUAUCGCUGGUGCCCAGAUCUUUACAGCCACUCAGUUCGUCCUCGAGGAAUAUCUCCUGGAGAGAUCUACAAUUGACCCAAUCAGAGUGGUCGGCUGGGAGGGCAUCUUUGGUUUCAGUGUUACCCUCCUUGCUAUGUUUGUUCUGCAUGCCACUAUCGGCUCCACUGAAGCUGGCAAAUAUGGAUAUUUUGACAUUGUCGAGGGCUGGCGCCAGAUGACCGAGAACAAGCAGGUACUCAUUUCUAGCUUUCUUAUCAUGAUCAGCAUUGGUGGCUUCAACUUCUUUGGCUUGUCUGUUACACGAAGCGUCAGCGCUACUUCUCGAUCUACCAUCGACACUUGCAGAACCCUGUUCAUCUGGAUCGUCUCCCUUGGCUUGGGCUGGGAGACUUUCAAGUGGCUCCAAAUUGUCGGUUUCGCCCUGCUUGUUUACUUCACCUUCUUGUUCAACGGUAUCGUUCAGCCUCCUCUGGAGUUCCUCAGAGUCCCAGAUGAAGAGAUCGAGGAGCUCUUGCCUGAGGAGCCCAUUGAGCACCGUUAAGUGAAGCAUUCUGUGCUGCGACACUACAUCAUAUCAUGUUGCGCCAGAGUUUUGGAAUCAUCUGCAUGUUCGAACGGCGUCUAGGUUUGGAGUAUAGGAUUUAGU